CCCUUGACCUUUUGACCGCAUCAACUCAAUAUCCCAGUUUGGCGUCAGUCAGGUGUUGAGCAGCAACGAAAGGACAAUCUUGACAGUUCGAUCAACCAUCCACAAUGGCAGGAGGAGAAACAACAGUCCUUGUUUCCGUUGACAACAGUGACAUUAGCGAAAAAGCCUACAGGUGGUAUCUCAAUACGUUCCAUCGACCCAACCACAAGCUGUUCCUCUGCCACGUGCCUGAAUACUGGGGGGACGUUGGACAUAUGAUGAGCCCUGGUCGGAUAAAGGAAGUCAUAGAAGAGACCAAUGCAAAUACGAAAGUGAUUGAAAAAAAAUUCAGUGACAUUUCUGAACAAUUUGGGGUCAGUGCCGAGUUUGAAGCACUGAGGGGUCAGGAAGUGUGGAACGAGAUAUGCAACCAAGCCAAGAAGAUUAAUGCUAACGUCAUCGUAAUCGGUACCCGGGGGAUGGGCAAGAUCAAGCGCACCCUGCUCGGCAGCGUGAGUGAAGGCGUCCUUCACCACUGCCACGUCCCCGUCCUCAUCUACAAGGAGUAACGUCACUCAUUUCCAGCUCAAGCUUCGUGUCGUAGCAGAGAGGUUUAGAUAAUAAGCAGAAACGUUGACUCAUUAUGUAGAUUGACGGAAUCUUCUGUCUUAUAAACACACAUUUCUAGAUAUGUUCAAUUGUAUAAUAAACUCAAUUACACAUACUGAAAGACAGAUUUAGGGAUCAUGAAAAAUAUUUUUGGGAGUGAGGGAGCCUACAAUUUUAUGAAAAAUAUCCCCAAAAUAUUAUUGAUCCUUUAAGGGACGGUUGGGUAACCUAGUGCCUAAUACGUUCGCUCGUCACCCCGAAUACCCGGGUUCUAUUCCCCACAUGGGUACAGUGUGUGAACCCAUUUCUGAUGUCCCCCGACAUGAUAUUGCUGGAAUAUUCUUAAGAGCGUCGUAAAACUAAACUGACUCACUUUUGAUACCUAAUAAAUAAACACUGACCCAAUUUCUCACUGAAAAAGGAUGCCUUAAAAACCAUCUGGGUACCUAACUUUGUUGAUUCAGUAUAUGUUUGAGAUAAGCGAUUUAAAAUUAAUUUUAAUAAGGUUUGAAUUUAUUUGACCAUGUUCACUUGUUGAACGGUGAGGUAACUAAUUUAUAAUAUCUGCUAGGUCGGUGUAGUGAAUGCUGGGUACACUGUAAUAUCAAUACAUCAUUCUGUACUGCAUCCAUGUGCUAGCUGUUGAUCAGAUACUAUUACUGUAAUUCCAGUUUUUAGACUAUUUACGGUAGAUUUGUACAAGUAUAUGUUUGCAAACCUGUUAUUAUACAAACACGGUGAUAGUAUUUUGUGCAUUAUACCAACAUGUGACACAGCAUCCAAAUGUUUUACUCAAAGUCAUAACGCCAGACCGCGCCGCCAUCUUUGGCCACAUUUGACGUCACACUGAGGUUACCAUGGCGACAGCACUCAGCAAAGAUGACGCUGGCAGUCAAGUCCAUUCAUUGACAUAUUUCUGUAUAGUGUUCUGAAACAUUCUAGCGGGUCCCCUGUAUUAAACACACUGUGGACCAAUGCGACAUACUGCACUACAUCACAUGCCUCAGAGGUGUAUCAACUUGUCCGAGAAUGUGCAUUGAUUAUUAAUGAUAAACGUUAAGAUCAUUUUCAUUCCUGUUUCUUCUAAAUCGUUGACAAGAUAUGAAUACUGAUAAGGGACCAGUUCGAUAUUAAUCUAUGUCGGAUGCAAAACUUUUUUUUAGUAAUUUCCCCAAUCCCGAAAAACUCUGAAAAUAAUAAAAAUUAGUGGCUAUUCUUGUUUUCGCAGCCUUUUCUGAACGUUUAUAAACCGAAGUUAAAUUUCUAGGUGUUCAAAUUCAUUUGCCAGGUUUCUGUAGAUUAAAUCUACCACUCAGUAUUACGCACUGAAAAUGAAGGAUUUACUACCAAUACCGCCAAAGACAAAGCCCAUGAAAUGGCGGGAUACAUUUAAAUCCUACUAGCAUAAUAACAACAGAAUAUUGGACAAUAUGAUUGGAAUAUAUGAUUUGGUUUAGUUACUCUCCAAAACAUAUAGAAAUCAAGUCAGUAUAUUUUUGUCUGGUGGAAGGCUACAGAGCAAGUAGCAUCCCGACUUCCCCUCUUAUGAAAUUAACAUAUCUGAAAAUCAAACCUUUGUACCGGCCCCAAAGAGUGUACUACAUUUCUUUUCAAAUACAAAAAUAUUAUGCACACUGUUUAUAGAGUGCGUGUAUGAAAGAUGUUUCUACCUUUUAAGUUGAUUUUCAUUGAUUGAUUGUCAUUGAAAAAUGUGAUAUGUCUGUGAUGAAUGCCAGUCGAAAAAUGUUAACAAUGGAAAUGGACAUCCAGUUCAUGUCCAAGAUGGCGACCAAUUUAAUCCUUCACAAAAGAAAUCCGAACAAUAAAUAUAUUUAGCAAA